UUAAAAAUUAUUCGGCAACAGUAUACAUUCAACAAGGAGUAUAUACGUUGCCUGUAGCUAAAUACAUACAAAAGUUAAAGUUUUAGCAAAGCGCGGUACAGUUAACCACAGAACCAGAGCGCACCUGUUGAAAUGAACUGAAAUUAGCUUGGAAUGAAAAAAAUACAUCCACAAUUCACUUUGAAAUAUACUUUUUGUUACUGUUUGUAUUGUAUUACGGUCAGCGCUUUAGCAUAAAUAGAAUAGUAUGACUGGUGUUGUUGUUCAGGUUAUUUAAAGACAGCUGUCAUUCGAUUGUUUACACGGACAACCAGUUGUCAAGUGCGCUUAAAGGGAGGUCACUCUAAUUGCUACGGUAUAUUUGUGAAAACAGCGGUAUUAUGACUGAACUGAUAAUUAUUAAGUAUAAUAUAUACAUUAUAUCAGAUAUCUUUAUUUGGUUGUUAAUGGCGGUAUUCUUUGUAUCCACGAUUUGUUAUCAAUAAAUUAAUAAAAGCACUCUAUUGAAGAGAAUGGUCCUUUCUUCCUGGGAAAAUAUGGCUGACAUUAGCCAAUAAAAGCGCCCCGAUUGCACCACGUGACGUUCGUUGUGCGGAAUUUUUUUGUCAAGUGUGAGGGUUGUCGAAGAUUGAUACUGCAGAAGAGAGCAAGUUGAUAAGUUUAUAACUGGUAUCCCCACAUUUUCGUGGUGGUCUCACUUGACCAAGUCGAGGAGAGACCCAUUAACAAUUGUCAAACAGUAUUUGCGUAUUUGUGCUAAGAAAUGUCAGGACAGCCGAAUCAGCGUGUUCGAAGAAAUGUGUCCCCGGCGUCAACAAAGCAAAGACCCAUAAAAGCUGUAGUUGCUUUUUCACUUAAAAACGGCAACCCGUCCAGAAACAAUAGCAGUGCAUCGCCGACACAGGGCUGUCAUAAAAUAUGGCCAAGAAAAUCGCCCGACAGUCGACUUUCGCCUGAAAGAAAAAGCCCUGCAUCUCCAAGCUUAAAAGAGAAGACCAAGUCGCACAAACAGAGUCCCGUCCCUAGUCUUUGGAGAGCCAGUUCCUUGGACACAAUUUACUUAGCUGGUCAGUGGCCUAAGGACAUCAAUCCGUACCACCACUAUCAAAACUCCGGUGUCUUCACAUGUGAAAAGUCAACACAGACCCCCGAGGAAUGGGAUACAAGACAAAACGACAGGAAGAGAGACAAAGGUCACACACGGUCUGCCUCGUUUGGUCAGGCGGAUCAACUGAAAGUGUUGAUUAAACAACGCUUACAAAAAACAAAAGAAGGCAGCAAGCAGAAUGAAUCUGCUAAACGUCAAAGCCCAGUCCAGGGUAAACAUUCAGCCCUUUCGUUAACGGCACCACCAGCAUUCUCCAAGGCUAUUGUUAUUCCGGCAGCUUCUCGCAUUCCAGUCAAAUCUAUGUCCAGAUAUCAGAGAAAUAGCGUCGAAGGCUUGAACACUGAAAUAGAAAAACUUGUUUUAAAGGCAGUCCCUGGAAAUGAAGUCGAAUCGGAUCUUAUUCGUCCACAAGAGAUUCCCGAUGGUCACCGCGCCCCGGUACCGGAGGUGCGGGUUGUCAACAGCACGAUGCGAAGUGUUGACACGCAGACUCCCUCCGCCCAACUCGACGAGCCGCGUGCCACCAGCUCCAACAGCAGAUCCGACUCCAUCAGUCCGGCCAUUCCCAUCAUGCCCGGAACGAUGGAUUCAUCCCGUCCGUCCAGCCGUUCAGAGUCCGCAGACAGCAAGUCGGACAAAGAACUGGUCGAUUCACCAGAACCGUCAAUAGCCAAAUUUGUUUCCAGUCCGAAACCCAACACAUCAAGAGAUUUUGUAAGAGAACCACCUGAUGGCUGCGAAAAGGUUAAAGUUAUAGAAGAAAACAGACAUCCUGUUAUUAAAGACUCGCUUUUCUGUCCAGUGAAGCCGAGUCAGUUAGUGUUCAAGCCAAGUCAGAAUUCUGCAUUUUAUCCUCUUUACAAGACAUACUUCCCCGACGUUGUUGUUAGGUCACCCAUCCCGACAUCGAGUCAACAGACCACGACCAUCGAGGGCCAAUGAAAAGACAGAAUUCAUACCCGCCGUAUAACGAUUUGAACAUCAAAAUGAUUUCAAUGCAAAUUUAAUAUUGAUGCAUUUUACAAGUUUCUGUCUUUUUGUUAAAAGAAAUAUUAAAACACAGAAACCACAGUUGAAGAUAUAUAUUUUUUAAUUCUGCACUAAAUCUUUCACUUUUUAUAUUAAUAAUGGGGAAAAAAACAACAGCACAAUAGCCUGUAUUGAAGUUUUAUAAAGUUUGUUUUGUAUAUUAAUAUUGGUUUAAAAAACAACAGCACAAUAGCCUGUAUUGACGUUUUAUAAAGUUUGUUUUGUAUGUUAUUAAUUCAACUUUUUUCUUAAGCACAUACUGAUCUUUGGUUGUAUUUGUUUUUGGAUGACUUGUUUUAAAUUGUCAAAUAGGUUACAUUCAAAUAAAUUGUAUGCUUGAAUUUUCUAUUACUAUUAUUAAUGUUACUAUUUUUAUUAUUUAUUUUAAAUGUUAAAAGGCUUUUUUUUUUCAUUGAUGAAACACUUACAGCUAUAUUAAAGCACAAACAUAAAGUCUGUUUAUUUGUUUCUAAUACAGAACUGUUGUAAGGAAAUUAUUCUGGUCAUUUUUGUUUGUUCAUAACUGAGGUCACAUGUAAUUACUUAAUUUAAUUGAAAUGUAAUUUGGAUUGAUUUCAGACGUGUUAUGACUGCCACGAUUGUAGUUUUCAUUCUGUGUGUAAAACUGCACACACAGUUUUAAACAGUUUCUACUGAUAGUAGUUUAUGAGUAGUUUAAGAUGAACUUGUUUUUUAAUUUCAAUAAAUGUUGUCUUUUUAGAUAAAACUGUACCUUAGUUUCAUAUAAUUAGAUGAAACGCAAAACUGUCUAUUAGUUAAACAUUUCCAUGCCUCUAGAGAUGUGUUCUGUUGCCUGGAAUCUGUUGUUAAGAAUGUGCUAUGAUUAUAUGACUGUUACCAUGCCUACCUCUUUGAGCAUCUACAUGCAGACUGUUGCAAGGUUCCAAUAAUGGAAAUGUGCUGUACUCUUACUCAUUGCGGGUAGAGAAUGGAUUGGGAUCUUUAUCAAAAUUAUUGAGUGACUGAUUUGCAGUUUUAUUUUCAAAACAUGUUAUUCAAAAUACAGUAAAACCCCUCUAAACCAGACACCCCUCUAAACCAGACACCCUUGAAACCAAAUAAAUGUCUGGUUUUAAGAGGUAUCUGAUUUAGAGAGGUUAAGUUCUGUACUGAUUUUUAAAAGGGACCGAGAGAAAUGUCUGGUUUUGAGGGAAUUUGGUUUACAGAGGGUCCGGUUUUUAGAGUUUUCACUGUAGUGUAUGACGAAUUUAGUAUAUUUGAUAUUACAUAGGUAGGAGAGCAUAGCUUUAUUUUUUAUUUUACACAGACUUGCUGAUUAACUGAACGUGUUGAUAUAAUAAUAAUAAUAAUCCAGCUGAUUCAGGUAGAAAUUCUCUUGUUACUCCGUCCCUAAUAAAAUUGAAAUUAAAAAUUCUUUCAAUUCCUUGACUGCAUAUUUUUAUGAAGCACCAGUUUUGACACUUUGUAAUGUUUGCUAACUAAAGCAGUCGUCAAGGAAAGGUCAAGUGGAUUAUUGUUUAUUUUGGCCUAUCUCUACAUAGACUCCAUCUAUGUAUUUGAAACUGUUCUGCUGCAGGGAACAUGGUCCUGAAUGUUUCAAAGAAGAGAGAAUGUUUUUGUGAAUAUGUUCUUGAAUGUUUCAUUUAGGAGAGAAUUUUCCUGAACAUUUCACAGAAGCGAGAAUGUGUGUGUUAACAUGUUCCUGUAGAUUUCAAAGGAGAGAAUGUCUUCAUGAACAUGUUCCUAAAUGUUUCAAAGAGGAGAGAAUGUCUUCAUGAACAUGUUCCUGAACGUUUCAAAGAGGAGAGAAUGUGUUCAUAAACAUGAUUCUGAACGUUUAAAAGAAGAGAUGUGUAUUUUGAACAUGUUCCCGUUCUCAAAUUGUACACUACCUUGCUUGGUCAUGUGAUGAGAACACAGUUUUGAAUACAGGGCAUGUUACCAUUUAGAAGUAGCCUAUGUGACGGCAAGUUUUCCUUUUUUUCUUUUUUUAAAACCAGUUGUCUCAAUAACAAUGUCAGACACCCUAGUUACCCAUAGAUUAAACCAAGAUGUAGUAUCAUUAAAUAAAACAUUCCUUUCUUUUAGAAAAACAAAAAUAUCAGUGAUGCCUAAAGGAAUAGCUGCCACCUAUUCAGUACAGUAAAUGCAUUUCUUCCAUACUUUUAAUUUUGUUUACUGCUGGUAUGUGCUUCCAUAACAUGCUUAGCCUGCAUAACAGAAACGUUUGUGUCGAAUCUCAGUAACGUAAAUAAUUGUAAGUUUUAGAUGUAACGCACUACAUAAUUAUUUGUAUGUGUUAAUAACAUUUAGUCGUGUGGGAGUUUUCUAUAAUACAUUUGUUUUUUCUUUGACUAUGCUUCGAAUAUUUUGUAGUAAUACAACACAUUUUCAAUUUAAUAACUGGAUUAAAAUGACGUUAGACUUAAAUUUUAAAUGUGGCUGAUAUUUAUUUGAUUUUUGGAUGCAAACUGACAGGGAAAUGUUUCAUGAAAUUGUCUUAGUUGGAAUAAAGAGUUUUGAAAUGACUAUAAAAGUAUACAGAGAACCAAAAGAAAUGCAAUCAGUAAUUACAAUAGGUUUACUACAAAUUAUAAAUUCUUUGAAAUGAUAAGCAGUAUUUAAUCUGUAGAUCUUCUCAAACUCAAUGUCUUGAUCCCUUGUUUAAAAAAACAAAAAUAAUAAUAUUACUAAAAAGUAUAUUUGCAUUUUUAAUUUUUUUUUUGUUUCUAGUAUAGUUUCAACUACAAUAUAACCUGUGCCAAACAUUUUAUUACAGUGACCUCAUUUUAUACUAAUUUAAAAGGUAUUUUCUUUCUUUUUUGUAAUUUUGUUUUAGGUUUUGAAUCUUCUGAUUGAGAUACAGCUGAUAAUAACAAUUUAUCCAAAUGUAGGUCAGUAGGACCUCAUUCAAGCUUUAAAGACAUUGUGUAUACUGUGAAUUUAAAAUUUGUUAUUUAUGAAAAUACACGAGGAAAGGUUUUAGCCUCAUUGAUGGAUUGAGUGUCUGAAAUCUAAUUGUAUUCUGACAUUUGUGUUCUCGGCAAUUUUAUCAGUUUUGCUUCUAAUGGUAGAGUUAUAUUGUUAAAAAAAUUUUUUUUAAAUAUUGGAAAAUUUGCAGUUUUCAAGUUCAUUAGUUUAAAAAUAAAAUAAAAUUAUACUAAAAUGUUUAUGAAAAUUAAUGAAGCUUAAUCAUUUUAAUGCAAAUAGAAAUUUAUUUUUACUUGAAAAGAAAUUGGUUUUAUAAUUGGUGAGGGUGUUGGGGGUGGGGUUCUGUGAAGCAUGUUGUUUUUGCAAGAUACUACUUCUCUAAUGUGUUGUAAAUGUUUACAAGAUACACUUAACUCAUUGGUUCAGUGCGAUAUGAAAUGAUUGGCACUGGUGAGAUAUGUUCUAGAGGAUGUUGGCCCUUUUUUAUUGUUAGUUUUCAUACAAGUCAAAACUGAGUUUUGUUUAUAAAUGUGUGCCACAGCCGGUGUUAUAGGGCAUGCAACUUUGUUUUUAGUCUUGUUAUCCCAGUUCAUUUGAUACGCACACAUGUCUUUAAGUCUUAACCUCUGAAAUCGUCAUGUAUUAAACGCGCCUUUUCUUACAAAUAAUUAUGGUAAGGAUUAUUCUAUUUUAAAUCAAACGAUAAAGCAAUUCAUUCUUGGAGGAAGUAAACGUCUAUUCAAUAUUGAUUUUAUUAUUUAACAUGCGGAUUAUCAUAGUUUUAUAAAGCGAUCAAAGAAAAAAACAUGAUCCUUACAUAACAAGCAAAGAAAAAAAUACAUUAAUGCUUUUAAAAAAAAAAAAACUUAAUUUACUAUGUGCACUAUGCCAAAAGAAAGAAAAUGUUGUUUUCUUGAACAUUUAAAAAAAAUACUAAAUCCGAACAACCAAACAAAUGGUGAAGAAUCUUAGCAUUUCAACAGAAGUCAUUUAGCAUCCAUUUUUACAUUAAUUAAAGAAGGUUUUGACUAAACUAUUUUCAAUUUGGAUUGAACCAAGCUAAAAUUUGGUUAAGAAGAUAUGGAGAUUGUAUUAAUAAAAAAAAUAGUGUAAUGUAAGACCGUAGUUAUGAUUUAGACAUGACAAAGUGAUGACUAUUGUGGAAAUUGACAUUGCUUUCUAUUGCAACCUUAAAUCUUGAAGUAGAAAGGACGUGAAUAAUGUAUUCAUUUAAUAUGAAAUACUUUGUUUCAAAGCAGUUAUUGUAGUUGUUGUUAAGGCUUUGGCUUUACAAUAUAGUGGUUAAAAAAAAAAGGAAGAUUUUGAGGCGUUAAGAUUUGUUUUCCUGUAUGUGUGUCUGAUGAAUGGGUGAUCUAGACUAACUUGUUGUUGAGUCGUGUUGUUGAUUUUACAAGUUGUUGAAUAUUUCUGUAACACCAGUGUUAUAUAUUAGUAUUAUUCACACCCAUAGGAAAGAUAUUUCUGUAACACCAGUGUUAUAUAUUAGUAUUAUUCACACCCAUAGGAAAGAUAUUUGAAUUGUGGGGAGGGUGAGCUAUUUAAGGGUGUUUGGUAAAAUGCACCCUCACUGAAUAUAAUAAUUUAUCUUUGGAUGACCUGUAUUUCCAUCUCCAUAAUAUCUAAAGAGUAAAAUAGCUAUUUUAUAUAUAUAAUAGGACCCCCUCCAACACUAACUUGAAUCUACACCCAUACAUCAAAAUGGCAUAUUAUUUAUAUAUACAUAAUAUAUAACAGUGAAGUUACAGAAAGAGACUGUUAAUAAUCUGUUAGUAUAAUAACCGAUGAAAGGUGGUAUGCUAACUUUUGUUUGCUGUAAUCUGACUGGCUUCAAAACAUCAGUGUCUCAUGCUUUCUUUUCAGCCAUAAUUUUCAUCUUCUAGUCUCUCUAUUUUUAUCUUCUCUUUUCUUCUCUGUACCUCAAAAAAAAAAAAAAAAAGUAAUAAAAUCCCAACCAACCCACUGAUAAAAUGUCAGGUUACAGCAAACGUGUUGUUUUUAAGGGUAGCCUUACAUAUAGCUUUAUGUAAAUAUUUUUUUUAAUGCCAUUCUAACUGUAUACAAAAUAGUGUACGUAUGAUUCUGUCUGGUAAGUCUUCAUCUUAUUAUUAUUAUUAUUUGUUUUUAAUACUUUCAUUUUGGAAUUAGAUCCUUUUUUUGAGCUCAUGAAAAGCCUUUGCUCAUUUUUCUGUAAACGUUUCUUGUGAAAAUUGUUAAAGGAAAAUCAUCAUCUACAAAUAUAUAACCAUAAGUUACUGCAACAUUAAUGUUUUUUUACUUUUGGCUGCAAUGAAAGGAUAAGAUACCUAUAUUAUUUUACUAGCAACAAAAACAAUACAUGUAAAGUAAACUGUUGGCAUUUUUGUUAAGUGUUUAGGUACAUUUCUUCAAUACUGUCGGUGCCUAUGCUGCCAAAUACACACAGGAAUAUUGGUAGUUACUUGCCUGUUCGUGACAUCAAACACUGGGGUCCCCUGACAAAUGUACGGAUACACUGGAGCAGAUCUGGUCUUCCCAUCUCUGACCAGACGACUGUAUUUGACAUGGCCGACUUAGAACUUCAACCAGUGGGACUUACACUUCCUGCUUAGAUUUGGAACUGGACCCAAACUCGUACAGAAGAGAAAUGCUGCACUGAGUGUAAUUUUUUUUUUUUUGGGGGGGGGGGGGGGGGGGGGGGGGGUGUCUAUCUCAGAAUUACAUUCCCAUCAAAAUUAAUUUUCUGUUUGUUCCCCCCCCCUUUUCAUGUUUGAAUGAAGCCAUUUGGAAAGCAAUUUUUGUCCCCCACCCCCACCCCCCACCCCCCUUGAAUUUAAUUCUGAAUCAAAGUUAAAUGGAACUUGGGUUUUUUCUUUCUUUUUUUCAGUGAAGACAUUAAUAAAGCAUGAGUUGUGUUGACUUACCAGACGUGUUUGUACAUAAGGGAGGUAACCUGUUAAAAGUGUCGCUUGGCCUGCCAGUGUGAAACUGUCUGCCACUUUAUUCUUUAAAAUGUGUGCUUCUUGCUUUUCAUUUGAAGCAGUUAUUAAUUAUAAUGGAGCAUUGUAGCAUGUUUGUAUUCUCAUCAUAUAUAUAUAUAUAUAUAUAUAUAUAUAUAUAUAUAUAUAUAUAUAUAUGAAGAGUUCAGGCGCAAAACGCGAUAUAAACCAUUUUCUUUCUAGGUUUUAGUUAAAGCCAUUAUUGUAUGUCUGUAAGGGCUAAUUGUAGGCCCGUUGAUUUUUUUUAUUAAAACGCGAUAUACGCCAAUUAAAAAACCCAUUUUUACUGAAAAUUAAAAAUGGAUAUAUCGCG